ACACGAUGAAGGUCUCGGCUGACGACAGCCGCGACAGGCCGGGGAAGGAGGACGCCAUGAGGAUGGCGGUGAAGUGGCUUGACUUCGCCGCCGCCCUCAUACAGAUUCUAGUUAAGAUGGCAGUGCCACUGUUUAUCUUCGCCGACACCGUAUGCCGCUUUCUUGCCGUCCGAAAGUGCGGUAACCCGGACAAGAAGUUGAGGACGGUUCUAGAAUAUCGAACGAAAAGCCAGGAAUCUAAGCUCGAUGAAUCGCUGAUCAUUCGCCGUCAUGAUUAUCGGUCAAAGCCAAGCUCCUCCUCGCUCAUCCAGAGAAACCCGAGGAUCGUGAACACGAACUGCAGUCCAUCCUCGUUGAUGUCGAACUGCUCGGACGCGACCCCUCCCAGCCGAUCAAAUUCCCACAUCCUCAUGAGAGAACCAC